GUUUUAGACUUCCAACAGACUUCGAACCUGAUGGCCGCUCAAGCUUCCUAUUCGUCUAGCAAGACGGCGAAUAUCCCGCUCUGAACUCCACUAUGAUACUUGAUGCUGCUGGAUGAUCUUUGUAUUGCUACCUGUUUCUGUUUGGGUUCUAUUGUCAGAGAAAGGUAGCGCAACAUCUGGGGGAAGGUCACUUCUAUUAUUUAUCUACCUUCCGCUCGCUGUUUACUCACAUUCCUUCUGGCUCAUUUGUAUAAAGGAUCUCUUUGUCGCUGCUUCUUUGUUGAUAUACUUACCCAAGUCUCGUUCGACUACUUCAUCCCGCAGGUCGCCUUCCGGCACGAGGACAACGAAUUCAUACGCCAGUUCUAUUUCAGCCUCAAGCUGAACUUCUUCCUCUGCAGCUUGACGCUCUGCAGCCGAGUUUAUCUUGAUUCUCGGGGCAUUACUAGUCUCUUCGGCAGUGCUGAGAAAAAACCCGCGAAUUGUUCGUACGCGUAAUCUCCCGGCAUGUUCGUAGCUAUGAGGCGCCUACUUAUAGUUCUCGUGAUCUGAUCCUUGGACCCCAAAUUUACAGUGCAUCUCCAAAUCCUACUGAUACUUAUAUAAACUUUCGGGGGUAUUACAGCCGGCUAAAAGGACAUGCUGCGCAUCACCUACUAAUAAUCUUGGUGGUUAUUGUCGGAUAAAAGCAACCUAUCUGGACAGUUAGUUACGCUGGGCCAGUCGAUACUGGGGGUCUCGACAUGAGUUAGUGUCUGAAGACCCGGCAGCUUCCUCCA